GCCGGGCUUGUCCGGGCAAGCAGCCGCGGCGGCCCGCAAGGACUCCACGUGUAGGCCGGGAAGGCGCCGCCGGGUUUUCAGCACACUGCCCCGCUGGAAGAUCGCCUCCGGGGCUCCUCUCACCCCUAGCUGCGAGCUGCCUGGCAUGGUGCUGGGAGAAGCCCCUGAGUCUACUCAGUGCCCACCCCUCUCCGGCCUGAAUUCCAAGGAUGUGGUUCGGAAGAGACACAAGAGGAGAAGCCGGCAGCACCAGCGGUUCAUGGCCCGCCAAGCCUUGCUACAGGAGCAGGAGCUGUUGAGCAUGGCUCCAGGGCCAGGAUCCUGCCCUCUGGCCUCCCCGUCACAGAUACCAGCAGACACAGAGGCUUCAGGCAGCAGAAGGCAGCGUCCCAAGGCCAGGUCCGGCCGGGGUGGCCCAUGCAGCAAAAGGCCUGUCCCCAGAGAAGGCCCAAGGCCUGGGCCCAGCAAGUGUGUCGCCAUUGACUGUGAGAUGGUGGGUACAGGCCCCUGUGGGCGGGUGAGUGAGCUGGCCCGCUGCUCUGUGGUGAGUUACAACGGAGAUGUUCUCUACGACAAAUACAUCCGGCCUGAGAUGCCCAUUGUGGACUACCGCACCCGCUGGAGCGGCAUUACCCGCCAGCACAUGCGCAAGGCCAUCCCCUUUCAGGUGGCCCAGAAAGAGAUCCUGAAGCUCCUGAAGGGCAAGGUGGUGGUGGGACAUGCACUCCACAAUGACUUCCAGGCCCUCAAGUAUGUUCAUCCUCGGAGCCAGACCCGGGAUACCACUUACGUCCCAAACCUGCUCAGCCAUCCCAGCUUCCACACCCGAACUCGGGUCUCUCUUAAGGACCUGGCCCUGCACCUGCUACACAAGAAGAUCCAGGUAGGUCAUCAGGGACACUCGUCUGUGGAAGACGCCAUGACAGCCAUGGAGCUCUACCAGCUGGUGGAGGUGCAGUGGGAACAAGAAGAGGCCAAUAACGCCAAGGCGCAUCCUGAGGACAGAGGACCUGACAGCAGCACUGAUGUGGAGCAGUACAUGGAGGACCAGUACUGGCCUGAUGAGCUGACCCAGAGCACCAGUGGAGAAAUGCGGGAGGCCCAGGAAGGGAGGGAGUGAGAGGAAGGAGCAGGCGAUGGCGGAUGGGGCAGGGAGCCGGGAGGGGUCCUCUCCUGGCAGACAGGGCAGGCAGCAGCCUGGUAGACAGGGUCAGAGCACUCACCUGUCCACAUGCUGGCUCACAACCCUGCCUCCUAUAUAUCUAAGGGAUGCUUCGCCCCAGUUCCUGUGGUUUCGCUAAUGACACUAGGCAGACCUUGUCCUAGUGCCCAGCAGGUACAGGGAAGGUGUUUUAGGACCUUCCAAGGCUGUCACUGGCUCCCUGAGCCAAGACUUCUGGGGUCAGUGCGUCUCCCCCAGGAGUGGUGGGUGCAGUCUGUCCUGGAGGUCCAUCUCCCCCUCUGGCAGGGUGAAGUUCAGUUGUUCUUGCUACCUCUCUUCUUCACAGAUGUGUUCAGGUUUACAGCAGCCUAGAGUUAAGUCCUUUAAAGAAGACGUGUUCCCUGUCUGCAGUAGAGUAUUAUUUUAAGGUGUGUUAUGUUGUUUAUGUUGCAUUUGUUUA